GGCGCUGGCGUUACAGCGCAGCGCUGAGCGGUUUUUGUAAGGCGAAAUGGCGGCGCGUCUGACGGGAGCCCGGCUUUGACCGGGCGUCUACAUCAAAGAAAAGAGAAGAAAACUGUCUCCAGAGUAAGGGUACCAACAAUACUAGCCCUAUAAGCAAUGGAGCAACACCCGGACAGAAUGAAAACUCCAGCUUUUCUAGCUGACUUGGGCAAACCCACUCUACGGGGCAUUAAGAAGUGUCCAAAGUGUGGCACAUUCAAUGGUACUCGUGGGUUGAGCUGCAAGAAUAAAAGUUGUGGCGCUGUCUUCAGGGAUGGAGCUCGAAAGCAACAACCCAGCAUUGAUGCAGUUCGCAUAGUCACUGGAUCUUCUUCACAGGUGUACUCAGUGAGACUUCGGGACCGAGGACCUGACUAUAGAGGCUUUGUGGAACUGGGCACCACUGAGGCAAUUCAGACAGUGGAUGGGACCAUCAUUACCCAUAUAACUGGCCGAUGCUUGGUCCCCACUUGUUUCAAAGUGUCUUCUCAAGGAGGUGCUGAGAAUCAAUGUCAGCAUAUUAAGCUUGCUGUGGAGUGUCACAUGGAAGCCACUCCACAUACCCUUAAGAGCUCUGUGCUGAACUCUCUUCAAGUGACCACUGAAACAAAGCAGGCCAUCUGGACCUUAGCGACUGAGUCGAGUGGGCCCCUGGUGCAGCGGAUCACUAAAACCAUCAUGGUGGUGAAGUGCAAAGCUAGCCCGAAGCACAGUUUAGGAUUUUUGCACGUUUCCUUCCACGAGAAGACUAGGACUAAAGGUGUUAUGGAACAUAAAUUCUACUGUUCAUGCCAGGCCUUCAAAGCCAGUAAAUCGAGCACCAGCAAAGAGGAGACACCUAAACAUUGCAUCCACUUCUAUGCAUGUGUUUGUGCUUUUGCUAGCGAUGAGAAGUUAGGGCAAGAAUUCUCUUAUUUCAUCAACUUUGAUUCCGCAGGGCUUCAGCCAAAUUCUGAGCGGCGACUGCUGGCAAUUUACCCCCAGGACUACACAGCUCAGGCUGCAGCCAAUGCCAUUUCAAAAGCAAAAAAGAGGAAAAAGGACGAUGUAAUGGCUGCAAGUCAGCCCAUUGAUGAAUCACAAGUGAUCCUAUCAUUUCAAGAUUGGCUUGCUAGCGUCACUGAACGGAUCAAUCAAACUAUGCAUUACCAAUUCGAUGGCAAACCUGAGCCACUGGUGUUCCACGUCCCUCAGGCCUUCUUUGAUGCUCUGCAGCAGAGAAUUUCCAUGGGCAGUAAAAAGAAACGCCUUCCCAACUCCACCACAGGUUUUGUUCGGAAGGAUGCAUUACCUCUGGGAACAUUCUCCAAGUACACCUGGCAGAUCACAAAUAUCCUUCAGAUCAAACAGAUAUUUGAUACCCCUGAGAUGCCACUGGAGGUUACCCGGAGUUUUAUCGAAAACCGUGAUGGCACCUAUGAGUUGUUCAAAUGUCCGAAGGUUCAGGUAGAAAGUAUUGCCGAGGCCUACAGUCGAGUGGAAAAGCAGCCAACAAUUCGGCCACUGGAACUUAAGACCUUCCUGAGAGUAGGGAACAUGUCCCCCGACCAGAAAGAACCCACUCCUUUUAUAAUUGAAUGGAUUCCAGAUAUUCUGCCAAGAUCAAAGAUUGGAGAAAUGAGAAUUAAGUUUGAGUAUGGUCACCACCGGAAUGGACAUAUUGAAUAUAGAGAGCAGCAACCCUCUCCAGAACAGACUCUUGAACUAAGUCCCUCCCUAGCCACUAUCAAUAUUCACUAAAAUCUGGGCUUCAUGUGGUCUUCACUUCUACCACCUGUGCAGGUAGGGGUAAAAAUGAAAGUCCAGUGCAGCAUUCGAACAGGACACAAAAGGAACUCUGCAAGGUCAGCUUGAAACUUAAAGGAGUGUGGUUCAAACUGCACAAAUUUGGAACCUCUGGACAGUCAACUUGUAGACUGAGUUAAGCUGCUUGACAUGUUUAACCCUAUGCAAUUUCAGCCCAAAGUGGUCAUCAAUUUAGAUUAUGAAAACACAUCACAGUAUUUAAAAGGUUUAUCGUGUGAGCAUUUGAAUUUGAUUUUCCCAUUGUUUGGGAGACUGUCAACAACAUGCACAGAUUAAGGAGAACGUCUAAAUGUGCUAAUCAUUUUAAAGUGGGAACAUGUUCUCUAUUCUUGGCUUAUUUUUUCUAAGGACAAAAUUGGCUUGUGGCUUAUAUACUUGUAACAAAGAUCCAAAGAAAUGUAUACCUCACCUCAUAAAAUUAAGGAAUUUGUUAUUUAAGUUUGUUACAUUUGCCACACAGGCAGUUUGCAAGGAUACUGACAGGAUUGCAAGAGCAUAUGGCUGAGCAGGGACAAUCACUCCCCAGCUACUCACUGCACCGGCAGCCAUUUGACACCCCUAAAGUUGGAGUUUGGCAGAAUCAUUGCUGUCAGUGAAGAUGGAGAACACUUUCUAAAAUGUAAAAUAAAAGCUGAACAUGCUGGAAAUACUCAGCAGGUCAGGCAGCAUCUAUGAGAAGAGAACCUCAGUUACCUCUCCACAGAUCUGCCUAAUCAGAGAGAAACUUUGACCUGCUAAUUAUUUCCAUCAUUUUUCACCUUUUAGUUCAUUCCAAAUUUUUUGCUUUGCUUUAAGGCUUUCUAAAAUGUUACUGUCAGAACAGUAAAGUCAAGAAUUUUCAACUUUACAGUAAUUUUUUUAAAAGCUAAAUCCUUUGUAUUAUCUCCUGUCAGUGGUCUGCUUGUUGCAUACAAUAUGUGUGAACAGGAGACAGUGGGAACUGAAUGAUUCUGUGUUUAUAUGGCUGGGUCCUUGGAACACAUCAGAAUGCUUCACAAUUAAUUAUUUUUGAAGUGCAGCUACUAUUCAACAGAAAAUAAAUUAGCAAGUUUCACUAAUUGCAAAUGAAACUAAUGGCAUUUUGUUUGUGGUAAUGAUUAAAGAUUGUUGACCAUGAC